UGUUCCUGCAUAGAGAGCUUGAACUUGACACGCGAACACCUUGCACAUCCCAAUCAUGCGCGUGAUCGGGCUCACAGGCUCGAUCGCCACAGGCAAAUCGACCUGCUCACAAACACUCUUAUCCCCACCUUAUUCCCUCCCAUUGAUCGAUGCAGACCUCCUAGCAAGAAAGGCCGUUGAGCCAGGAACUUGGGGAUACCGUCGCAUAGUUGCAACUUUCGGUCCCACAACUCCAGACCUUCUGCUUCCUGCGUCCGAUCCUCAAUGCUCCGGAAGGGAAGAUGGUCCCAACGGCAAAGGUAGACCUCUGAACAGACCGGCGUUGGGAAGAAGAGUCUUUGGAAAUAGUGAAGAAAGGACGGCGGAUAGGAAGAAGCUCAAUGCUAUUGUACACCCUGCUGUGCGGUUUUACAUGGCCAGAGCUAUGCUAUACUACUACCUUACUGGACACUGGGCAUGUAUCCUAGACAUUCCUCUUCUCUUCGAAUCCGGAUUGGAUAUCUUCUGCAGCACGGUCAUUGUAGUUGCUGUCUCAGAUCCCAAGAUACAGAUGCAGCGUCUGAGAGAGCGCGAUCCACACCUGUCGGAAGAAGAUGCACAGAACAGAGUGAAAAGCCAGGUCGACGUUCGCGAAAAGGCCACAAGAUGUGAGUACAGAAACAAUGGCAAAAAGGAAGCCGCCAAAGGCUAUGUGCUUUACAAUGACGGGAGCAAGGAAGACUUGAAGUUGCAGAUUGCGGAUGUUGUGAGGAAGAUACGGUCUGGAAGUCCUCGAUGGUACAGUUUGUUGCUGUUGAUCUGCCCUCCUCUUAUGGCUACGGUCGCCUCCUGGGAAGUUCUGAGCAACUGGUUGCUAAGACGAAAGACGAUCAAGGAAAGAGGAGAAGAGCUGGCCAAAACAAAGCUGUAAUUUCACCAUCUAUUUCUACUGGGGAUUGAGCUUGGGGUGGAGGAGAGAUCUGAGGCGUGGGAAUCGAACAUCGAACUCGAAAGUCCAUCUAGUAAUGGCUGGGCUCCUAGACACGUCAGUUUGGUCUUCAUCGGAGCCUGCAACUCAAGGCUCGUUAGCACACUUUCCGCUCAAAGCCCUCAAAAGUUGAAUGAGUCAAUCUGCCAUGGGUA